AAAUAAUAGUGAGGUCUCAGCUGUACAUGAGUAGUACAGAAAUGUCAAAGGAAACCUCUCUGCUAAAAUAUUCAACAUUAAUCCUCAUCUUUCUGCAAACAUCCAAUGCUUGGAAGAGCAAACCCUACUACUGUCCCCCUUCUGCUUGUGGUCAUAUCCGGGACAUCCGCUACCCUUUUCACUUACACUGAUCCAAAACAUUGUGGAGAUGAUCCACAAUUUGAAUUUACUUGUGAAGACAACCAAACGGUUAUGUCGUUCCUCUCCAAGAAGCUGUAUGUACAAGCCAUCAACUAUAAUAAUCGGACAAUUCACGUGGUAGAUCCAACUUUACAAGCACAAGAUGAUCUAUGCUCUUUCAGACCUCAGCUUCUGUUCUUCGACCAACCCUAUACAAUCUUCAGCACAUACUAUAAUGAAUUUAGAGUAGCAGAGCCCAUUUUCAUGUUCAACUGUCCAUUUGCUGUUAAUAAUUCUUUGACAUUUCUGGAAAUUAGUGGCUGCAAAUUAAACAGACACACUUAUUUAAAGAUUGGAGAAACGAAUGUCUCUGAAGUCAGCGAUGGAUGCACAAUGGAAUUUAUAGCCAUGACCUCAUGGCCUAAUAUUAAAAAUGCAGAGAACAAUAUUUCCCAGUUCUGA